AUUUUUAUCUGUCAUUCCUUUAUUUCUCACAAAAUGGCUGAACUAUAGAGACGUGUACUAAAGUUAUAAUCGUCAUAAUGGAGCUUAAUAACGUUCAAUAUACCAACAAAAACAAGUGUUUAAGUAAUUUUUCGACCACAGACGUGUUGAUUUGCGAAGUUAAAUCUACAACAGUGUGUAUACCCGAAGUGAUUUCGUUUCGUGAACGCGUGUGGAUUUCCCCUGAUUAUCCUUUACAAUCUAUCAAAAACAUCACCAAGUGCUGCAGAUUCGUACAUCGGCCUUCUCCGGACAUUGUUCAAGAUUCUAGAGUCUCAACAAUGUGCGCGUGAGUGAAAAUGCCCUAACUGUGAUUUAGUUACAAGUGUAUAGAAAAUAGUGUAAGAAAUAAAAAAAACAAAGAUGAAUUUUGCUGCUAAUCGCCCCGAUAGACGCGCCGUUUACAACCCUAGCCCUCCGUAUUCCAUCGCCAACUUCCACACAGAAACAAAGAAGGAAAUGAGGCACUCGUUCGGCGAGGAUAUUUUCUUAGUACCCAACAACCUUCAUCUAAUUCCGGAUCCUUUGAUGAAGAAUUUGGCUGAUACGAUCAUUACAGAGGAAAAAAUGGCGCCUAAAUCCAAAUUAAAUAGCAAAAUUGAUGUGAAAACAGAAGAAGACAUUCAUAUUGAACCUGAUUACUCCCCUUUAUCAGGCAUUACAAGUUUCUUUGCUGGCGUCAUGAACGUAAUUACCAGCGCGAUGUUUAGUAAGCGGAAACAAGCUGAUUUCGUUGCGCCGCCGGUCCACCAGAUGGCGGCACCGACGAUGUGGCAUCCCGCCAAAGUUUUGGAUGAAAAUAAAAUUGUUCAAGAUGAAAAUCGUUCGGGUGAUAACUCUAGUAAGUUUUCGGCGUCAGAAAUGACGGACUGUAAGAAGGCGGCGGCCCAUUGUCAGAGCAAACUCGACCAGGUCCGCCUCCUACUCGGUACCAAGCCUGUACCAUGCAACAGCUGGGCCCGGAGACGACCCAAGCGGAUGUUUGUGGAAGCCAGCUCUGUAGAAGACUGUUUCGAAGAUGCCUUCUCGCCAGAAGACUUUGAAAACAUUGCCAAAAACUCCUACAUUGAAUACUCCAGUCCUGUGUGUUUCCAUGACAAUGCCUUCCAUGAAAUUGAUGCCCCUAAGGUCAAAACCGAGAUUGGAAUGCCUUCUGAAGCCACUACCAACCCUCCUAAACCAAUUAUCGAGCCUCCACAAAUCUGUGAGACCACAGAAAUUGUUAAAAAUGUACCUGAAAUUAAAACUACCAAUGAUAGUAAGCUAAUUAAUGAAACAAAGCAAGAGUUGGUCGCUUCUUGUGAAGACAAGCUCAGCAAGCUGAAGGCACUGAUGCAGGAGCGGAAAAAUAAGUCAAAAUCACCAAUUCCUAUUCCAGAACCUGAACCUGUGAAGGUCACAGAACAUAUUGACCUACCAAAGCCUAGAACACCUACUAAAGUAAAGGACAAAAGGUUUAAGAACCCCAACCGCACCUGCAGUAAGCGAACAAAGUCUAAAAUGAGGAAGAGCAUCCUGGACGACUUGCAAUUUGCAAAUGAGAUCUGCAUUGAUGAAAUUGUCACUCCUGAAAACUCCCCAUCAAUUGGUUCCUUCGAUAAGUACAGUACAACACCGGAACCGGAGAAAGAUUACUUUGAUGAAGUUUCUGGACGUUUCAACCCAGGUUCCGUACCAGAAAGCGAGGAUUCCUUCCAAAUUGUAUUCAAUGAUGCUCCUAAGUUACGUAGAACAUCGGACUGCGAAUCAGAAGACUCUUUUAUCGUGUUUGAGGAUUCACCGGACAGCUGCUACACAUCAAAUGAUGUGUUUGGAGAUUCCAGUGACUCUGAGGAGUAUGACAGUGAUUCAGAUGACAUGAGUGACUCUGGCUGUGGAAAUUUCUCAUUGGCGGCUUCGCAGUUGUCUAAAAGUGUCAAUAAUUUGGCGGAUGACAGCCUGUAUGAUGAGAGUGAUGCAGAAGAUGAAGUGGACUGUGCUAAUGUGACAUUGUGUGAUAGAGUGGGUGUUGGUGAGGUAGCGGAGUUGGAGAGUGAGAAAUCCAGUGGUCUCCUGCUGGAUGAUAGAAAGAAGAAGUUACGAAGAGCGUUACCAGCUAAGAAGGUCCACUUCUCGGAACAGCCUCCGAAGGUCCACGUGAUGAGAGUCUGGUCGUUCGCAGCUCGACAGGCCAGGGCUGGUCAUUGGGAGAGAUACGCCUUAGAUCGGGACAGAUUCAAGCGACGGAUUGCAGACGUAGACAUGGCUGUCUCCUGGGUCCUCAAACCUCAACAUCGUUCUCGAGUCAUGUUCCAACGCUUCAUGCCUUGGUGGAACGCCUUGAAGCGGAAGGAAAUCGCCGAAAAGAAGGAACUGGAAGCCCUCGAGAAGGCCAAAAGACAAGAAUUAGAGAAACUUGAAUCAGGUAAUGUCGACACCGCCCAGGAUGGUGAUGAAGAAGAUUGUAAAGAACCACAACCUCCUAUGUCCGUUCUAGAAGAGAACAAUAAGAAUAAUGUCAAAGUAGAUUUGACUGAUAAUGUAAAUAGUUACCAAAUUGUUCCCGUUAAAGAAAAGAUUUUAGAUUUGUGCACAGAUUAUAAAGUGCCGGCCGUUGAAACUUGACAGGAGUGACUGUUCGCGUUCUUAGUCUAUGGUGACGGGUAGCUCUGGUUUUAGAAAGAAAAUUUAAAAAGUAUUUGGCCCUAAAUCGAUCGGUCUGUUUGGUUAUAUUUUUUAUUAUAAAAAGUAUACUUUUAAAUUGAUAUGGGUAUUUAAAUAAAAUUCGAAAAUGUUUAAAAAAAAAUUUGACACGCUUAAGUUCACGACUUAUUGUAAACUAGCUUCUGCUAGCUGGUUUGUCCGCGUUUCCGUGGAAUAAAACUAGCCUAUGUGUUAUUCCAGACCAUAAUCUACCUCUGUUCCAAAUUUCAUCGCGAUCCCUUCAGCCGUUUUGACGUAAUUGAGUAACAAACAUAUAGACAAACUAUCGCAUUGAUAAUAUCAAUUGGGUUGAUUAUAAUUCUAUAGUUUAAGUAAUUUUAAGCGUGUCUGGCUAUGGCAGGCUUGCAUUGCUUAAAUUAUGUUUUAUGUAUAUUGUACAGUGGCAUUAAGUUAACUAAAAUCGCGGGUUACUCACGUGAAUAUACUG